ACUUCCGGUUCCGUAACUAUGGGUGGUUGACACUUAUGCUCUCCUUGCAUGGACGGAGGGAGGAAAGAAGAGCUUUAGCUGCUUGCAAAUGGAGUUACUCGAAAAACAUGAGGACAUUUUAAGAGGAAGAGCAGAGCUGCUCCAGCAGAUGGAGAGUCGCAGGGAGCAGCUGAACACACUGAGAACAAAACACGUGAAGGAGCGUGAGGCUGCUCGCCUCAGGAAUGCCACUUUACUCCAGGACUUGCAGAUGAUCAAGGAUCAUCUGAAAGUGAGACAGCUGCCACACCCACAGCUGCUGGCACUGCAGACAAAGUAUUGGGCAUCUGUGGAAGAGUCUCUUCCAGCCUGGGAGCACUUCCUCCUGGGAAAAGGCCCACACCCGACUGAUGGUCCAGGACAGAUGCCCAGAAGAGCCAAACGGCAACCCAGCACAUCUAAAGACCAGGGUCUGCCUCCUCGACCAAAACCACGAGCUGCCAGAUAGGGAAGCAGUGACUGUGAUGUUGCUGCUGUUGCUUGAACACUGGCUUUGACAGUGACAUGCUGACAGCGCCGUUACGCAUCAGCCGGGCCUCAUGCACCGGUGCCAUCCUCCUGACCAGGGCUGGAAACUGGUCAGAAAAAGUCUGAACUGGUGUUUGGAAGUCAGCUCUGGAACGUGUUAAGCAUUCGGUAUCAUUUAAAAAACACAGAUGAUCUUCACACUCUCCAUUCUGACAGACAGAUUGUCUUCUCUGUAUCUGUUCCAUUUUAAUGUUUCUGUUUGCAGUGUUAAAACCACUAGAGGGAGCUAACAGUCUAAAUAAAUGAAGAUGUUUUUACUUGUAAAAAAAAAAAAAGCUUUGAUGUAUAACUGGCAAUACAGUGUUUUUUUAACAGAAUAAUUUACAGUUACCCUAAACAUUAUUCUCAUGUAAAAGCUUGAUAAUCAGAUAUCUGCACAGAUACCAACAUCAUGUCAACAUGGCAUGGUUCCACUGAAAAAUGUCCUUUCUGAAAAGAAUCAAAAUUCAAAAGACUAAAGACUUAUUUGAACAAUUCUUCAAAAAAACUGAUGCAUUUAAUAAGAAAUAUUUAAUUGAUCCCAAGGCAAAAACUGGCUCCAGUGCAGCUCCAACCAAGAUAUAGCAAAGUAGGUAGAAUGACAGUGAAUUUGAAACAAGUUGGUGCAUUUCGAUCCAAGAUGUAUAAGAAAACCGAGAACGUAUAUGUAAAAAUAUAGUAACACUUUACAACAAUGUAUGUUAAAUGAAGGUUCUAUCAGCUGAAAGGCAUUUUUUCCUCUACUUUAGAAUAUUCACGACAAGUUUUUACUGAAAAAAAAUGAGCCAUUGAUUAGGACUGUAAUCAUUAUUGAUGAACUAAUAAAUUAACUGCUGACUA